UUUAUUUUUAUUUAAAAUCUUACAUAUUAAUUAUUUGUCAUGUAUAUCUUUAAUUGUGAAUUGUGAGGUACAACCACGAAUUAAAAGUUUUAAAGCAUAACAAAAUAAAUUUGCUUUAUCAUAGCCUACAGCUUACGAUGUACAAUUCGAAUAGAUUGGAUGGCGUUAUACGCAAGUGUUGAAUAGUUACAACUAUCGUGUGCAUUUUGGAAAUUUACGGUAAUUUGAAUCAAGAAUUGUAUGACUGUUUAACAAUUUAUUAUGAACAUUAUAAAGUCAGACGAUAAACUUGUGUUAAAGUCUUCUAUACAAGAAUCAUUGAAGCACUCAUGCAUAGAAUAUUGUGUGGAAAAACGCGAAAAAUGUUCCAACACAGAAUGCUUUGUCAUUGUUUUAUCACUACUAAUAGUAGUGUACUCAUAUUUAAGCGAUUCCAUAGCAUUUUGUCCAAAAACUAUUUCUAUAAUUGCAAUUGUCUUCUUCAUACUUGUAUUACAGUUUAGUUUUAAAGUUUCCAACGAGUCAUUGUUGAUAACAGCUCCUAUUGGAUUACAACUGACUACAACUUAUAUAACUGGACAUCAAAGGGUUUUUUCAUUACCUUGGGAAAGUAUUAUUGAUGUACUUAUUGUUGACAUUAUUCACACUCAAAAAGUAUUAUACUAUUUGGCAAUUAAAACAUCCCAAAAUGGGAUAGUAACAUUAUUCCAGAAAAGUGCACCAAGGUUACAUUUUUUAGAAAUAAUAUACAAGGAUGUUUACAGAUUAUUGGAAAACAACAAAUGAAGUGACUAGCGGAUAUCAAACUUAAUAUAUUUUUAUUUUGUUACAUUAUUAUAAAAUUGAUUGUACGUCCAUUUUGGGAAAACGCGUUUGUACAAAUUUAAACAUACAGUGUCUUGAGAUUUCACUUGACCGUCAAAUCCACAUUUCAUGUGUCCAUGAGUACCUGAGAUUAAAAAUAAUUAUAUUUAAUACAAAUAGAAGAAAUUUUUAACGUUUGUAUCCAAUUAUGAUUUUAAAUUUAAAUAAAGUAAGUUAUAACUUUUAAAA